AUAAAUAACAGCGUGGACAUUUCUUAGGUUAUAAUGUUUCCUUUGGUUCUCCUCGUUCACUUAUUUAUCUCUAACAAUUCAUUGUUAUAUGAGGACACAGACAGCUUCUUUAAUAAUGGCUCUUCCUUUGCGCCUAACAACAUGUCUGUAGAUUGGAUCGGAUAUGGAUAUGCUACUCUUGUGGCAUCAGGAGGAGUCGUUGGUUACGUGAAAGCAGGCAGUGUCCCCUCACUGGCUGCUGGACUGCUCUUUGGGGGGCUCGCAGGUUUUGGAGCCUACCAGAUCUCCAAUGACCCCAAGAAUAUUUGGGUGUCUUUAGCUACCUCUGGAGCUUUGUCCGCCGUCAUGGGGAAGAGGUUCUAUGGGUCGAGGAAGUUCAUGCCAGCUGGUUUGAUGGCAGGAGCAAGCCUGCUGAUGGUGGGGAAGCUGGGUUUGACGCUGCUCCAGAAACCUGCAGCGUCCUCAUGAGGUGAAAGCUCUUCAAGAACAGUCUUCAGCUGCAGUUUGGUCAUGUUUUAAAACAGCCUCUCAGAAUUGUACAUGCACUGUUAUUUUGGUCAAAAAUACAAAAAAGUUUGAUGAUAAA